GCCCCACUUGCCCCCCGUUAAUCCAGAUAGUGAGUGUAAACAUACAUACAUGUAUGUACAUACCUCUGACCUCUUGUGUUCCUUACAUGAGCGAAGCCAUGCUCAGCGUUAACUUCCAUCUACCGUUGCUCGUCUGGACAUAUUACUUCUCAGCAAUCGAUCAGCUCCGAGUCCUGUCGCUAACUACCCAACCCCACCGUCCACUCAACCUCGGGAGGUGUUUCAACCCAAGCACAUUUCGACGAAUUACAUAUCGCUUCUCGCUCAAUGCUUGCAAUUCAAUUUUCGUCCUACAAUGGGGCAAUCUUUAUCCAAUGAGAAGGCUGCUUCUCCCUCCCGCGAGGAGCUUGUGAAGCAAUUAGCCGGCAGAUUUGCCCACAGGUGCUUCACAUCCCUCGAGCUCUACUCCCUCCGUAAUACUUUCGACCGCCUAGCCGACCAAGAGCAGAGUGUCCGAUACCUGAAGGAAACCACCAUGACUCGAUUCCUUGAGAUACCUGAUACCCUUGGCGUGGGCCCGGUGCUUUUUCAGAUGGUAUCCUACCUUGGCGCCUUCCCUUUUUUCCAAGACGCCCCAGUUGUUCUCGGCCUGGAGCAGUUGAUCAUGGUUGUCACUGUCCUUACGGAUAGAUACCGGAAGGUUCUGGCCAGCAGUGGCAUGGACCGGCGAAAGCUAUUGUUUCGAAGCUUGGCUGUCUAUGAUCGCAAGUUUUCCGAGAUGACUUCAAGCAGGCCGGUAAGGUUGAAGCAGGAGCACGAUCAGGUGAGAACCGGCCAGGAUAGGGACGCAGUCUCUACUGGCCGGUCGUUGUCAGGGUCGGUUGUUGACGAAACCGGAAACGAUGAAGACCUCGGGCUCGACGACGACGAACUGGUCCUCGCGGCAUUUGAAUUGCUAGAUUGCACCAAGCCCCCCAAGCAUGGCGAUGUGGCGAUUACACAUAUCCAUACGUCCUUCAUUCCAACGGACAACUUUCGCAAGCUCGUCAUGCUUCUUCUCUUGAUCGCGCCGCUCGACGCUCAAGAAGGCCUAUCACUGUAUUCGAGCCGGUUGUCCGUCGAUGAGUUGCAGAAUCUCAGAGAGACGGCAGGCUGCAUUCUUUCGGUGUUUCUCGACGUUGAACAAGCUCCCGGAGUCAAUUUCUCGCGUUUCCUUGCUACUAUACCAGCACUGAUGCCGUAUAUGUUCGACGGCCUCGGUACUCUCUUCGAACACUUCCUCUUUCCUAAGAAUCUGGACCUCCAUCGCCACUCUGACGGACAGCAUCAAACCGUCAACCUGCUCCAAGAGCCCGUCCAACCAUUACUAGAGACUGAUGGGUCGAUAAUGAAGCCCAACAUCCUCUCCCAGAUAUCCUUCUUUAUCCCCGGUUCGUCGCUCUUCCGCAAGCUCCGCCUCUUAUACUCCGGCGACGAGGACGGUUUCAGCAUGGGAAGCUUUGAAUCGAAGGUUUUUAACUGGAGAGCCCCGACUAUCCUGCUCGUGAGCGGGACCCGUCUUCCGGAGGAGGCACUUUAUGCGCAUUCAGGGCCUGCUUCGGUUUUUCUUUCAACGCUGCCCUCGCAUCGACUCCCGCCAGACAACACCAACAGGGACCAGCAGGGCAGGUUGACUUUCGGGGUAUACCUGAAUCAGCCCUGGAAGUACACCCACAAAGAAACAUUUGGCGAUGGAGAGACAAUCUUGUUUCAGCUCCAACCGGUGCAUGACGUCUUCCGCUCAUCCACGGUAAACAAAAAUUACGCAUCAUUCAGGAAGCCUUCAGCCUCUGUCCCAUUGGGAGGGAUAUCGUUUGGCUGCCCCCCUCCACAGCCCAGCCAAACCUACCGCCGGUCCAACAUUAUGUCACUGGGGCCUGUCUCCCUAGUCCUCGAGGACAGCCUCGAAUUCGGAUGCUUUACACACGAUUACACGUCAAAGGGAGGCGCCUUCCGGACAAGUGUUGCCCGAAAAUUUGACUUCCAAGAGCGCUUCGAGAUCUCAAGCGUUGAGGUCUGGGGCUGCGGUGGUGACGAGGAGGCUAGGCAUCAAGCCGAGCGUUGGGCAUGGGAGGUUAGGGAAGCCGAGGCCAGGAGAAGGUUGAAUCUCGGGACCGGCGACAUCGAAGCCGACCGUGCCUUGUUGGAGAUGGCGGGGCUGGUUGGAAGCAGCAGAAGUGGAGGAAGCAUGGCGUAGAGAGACCUGACACCCAAGGGGGAGGAUGCCUCGUGCUUAAACAUGUGUAUCCGCCAGCGGAUUGGCCGGUUCGCUAGCGGAACUCGCCCUAACACACCCUCCCCGAAGUGGGUAAACCAGAGUUGAACCUUUAACGGCCUUACUACAAGAGUGGAAUGAACUGGCGAAGAAGUUUGGACAAGUUCCAUUUUUGACACUGAACGCCCUAUGUUUGAUGUAUCAAAUACAUAUUACCUAAGCUCCGGACCGUAAGAA